UCCGCCAUUUUGUGUUCAAAUGUAUAAAGGUGAAUCAGUGUUGAAGAAAAGCUUCGAAUUAUAAUUACCAAAUUAGUGUUUUAUAAAGUGUUAUGUUUUAAUCCCUUGAAGAAGGCAAAAGGUGAAAUGGACGGCCGACUCAUAUCGUGGUUGGCUUGCGCCUUGUUACUGAUUGCUGUCAGUUCCGCGGAAAAUGCUACCACUGUAGCUCCCUCUACAACCCUGAACCCAGCUUUGAAUGAAACUGGAAUCUGCAGAAAAUGUAGUUGCAAGGAAAACAAAGUGGAUUGCUUCGAUUUAAGUAUUACCGAGUUUUUCUCCUUACAAGAGUGGAAUGAUUUGAAAGGCUUGAAGCCUACAAUCGUGGAUUUGAGCGAGAACCUCAUAACCAACGUGACAGUGAUCGGUGACCUGCCAAUACAGGUCCUCAACCUGUCACGAUGCUCCAUAGAGUUCAUAGAGAGUGGUAGCUUCAGGGAUCUGCAGGAGAUGACCACAUUAGACCUUAGCCACAAUAAGCUGACCUCUAGACUCAGUCCACAUGCUUUCGAGGGUCGCUUCUCCCCCGAGGAGUACGAGCCACUAGCAGCAAUGCGCAAGCUGAGCCUGGCGCACAACGAACUGCACUCGUUGCAUCAGGACCUGUUCGAGCACCUGCCGGAGCUGACCGAGCUCGACCUCAGCGGCAAUCCGCUCGCCACCAUCGACCACGUCACACUCAUUGCUAUCUCCAGCUUGCCUAUGCUUAAGGUGUUGCGCAUGCGCAGCUGCCAGCUGACAGAGAUCCCGGACAAGUUCCUGCACACGCCACGCUACUUGGAGCGGCUCGACCUCAGCGACAACCUGCUGACCGCAGUACCCCAGGAGCUGGAAGAGACCAAAAACCUGCUCUAUCUCAACCUCAACCAGAACCCAAUUGUUAAGCUGGAUAUGACAUCGGAGGAUUAUCCCGGUUUCCCUCGCCUUCGAAAACUGAAGGAGCUUCACAUGUGCAAUAUGAGGGAACUGCGCAGUAUUGAGAGCGGCGCGCUGGCGGGCCUGGAGAAUCUGCAGAGCCUGCAUGUCAGCUUCAACCCCAAGCUGACCUUCCUUGAUCCCAGGGCUUUAGCCAGGCCGGAUGAUAUUGGGGAGACGUACGACUGGCCAACUAUCAAAGAGUUAUACCUGCAAUCAAACAACUUAUCAGAGCUGGACGCUCGCUUCCUUCCUCGCUGGGAUCUUCUAGAAGCAGUAGACGUGUCCAACAAUCCCUUCCUCUGCGACUGCUCGACGCAGUGGAUGGUUGACGUGUUGGUACCAGUGAUAGAAGCAAAACAUGUCAAUGCUACCGCUAAUAUGAUAUGCAAUGAACCGAUCGAGAUGAGGGGCUACACGAUGAAGCAUUUACAUGAAAUACACCGCACCAUGCGGUGCGUCGACAAAUACGGACAUCGACCUGAAAAGGAUGGCGCCAUGCUGCUCGGGACACUUAUAGGUGUGCUUCUGGCUGUUCCCAUAAUGUUAACUUUGAUGCUGCUGUGGCGACAUGGUUACUUCAGAUGGCUCGGUCUCAGAGGCCCCGUCGACGUUUCCCGCGCUUUCUACAAACGCGCCCCAGCCGAUGACAGUUUUAAUAUUUAAAAUAUAAUGACAACUUUUAUUGGAUAAGUUAUUUGAAUUACGAGUAGUGAUAAGUUUUUUUUUAUUUAUGAAGGUACAACCAUUUUAGAUUGAUUUUUAAGAACUGUCUGUGAAAUAUUUAUCACACCUAACCUAAAAUUGUUACUGAUUUGUGUAACAGUUAAAUAAUUCCAUUACAAUACGCAGUUACAA